AUGCCCCCACAAAAUAAAAAACGGAAAUUAUACACCAGGCAGAUGCUUGAUAACGCUCUACUUGCCGUGGGAAACGGCAUGUCCUAUGGAAAUGCCAGUAAAGCUUUCAAUAUACCAAAAACCACACUGAUAUAUAAAAAUUCUGGCAAAAUUCCCAUGACAGGCAAACCAGGGCCACCCACAUUACUGUCAAGUGAUGAAGAAGAUAUGCUUGUAAAAUGGUUAAUCUUCGUCAGUAAUAGAGGCUUUCCUGCUACCCGGAAUCAAUUGGCAGAUAGCAUAGAAUUACUUUUUAAAUAUAUGAAGAAAGAAAAUCCGUUUCCAAGCGGUCGUCCAACAAUAAAAUGGCAUCAGCUUUUUGAGAAGAGACAUCCCGAAAUAGCAGUUAGAGUAGCCCAAAAUUUAUCCAAGCCUAGAUCGACACUAAAUGAAAACAGUUUAAGGAAUUGGCAUGCCGAAGUAUAUACAUAUUUAAAAAAUAAUAAUUUGGAGAAUGUGUUAGAGGACCCAAAACGGGUGUACAACUGUGACGAGUCCGCUUUUUUUUUGAGCCCGAAGGGAAAUCGUGUGCUGGCUAGAAAGGGGGAAAAAGCAGUUUAUUCUUUUUCUAGUAAUGAUGACAAGGAAUGUUUGACAACGCUCAUUAUGUGCAAUGCCGCUGGAGAUUUGCCACCACCGAUGGUGGUUUUUCCAUACAAACGUAUACCACCAAAAAUAAGUAAUCAAGCACCUAAACAUUGGGGUCUUGGUCGUAGUGACAAUGGUUGGAUGACAGGUGAAACCUUUUUUGAAUACAUUGCCAAUGUAUUCUACAAAUGGCUGACGGAAAAUAAUAUUUCGUUUCCCGUGCUUUUAUUUGUUGAUGGACACUCUUCUCAUCUUACUCUAACUCUUAGUAAAUUCUGUUCUGAAAAGAAAAUUAUUUUGGUCGCUCUGUAUCCUAAUGCGACUCAUAUAAUUCAGCCACUAGAUGUUGCAUUUUUCAGGCCAUUAAAAAUGUCUUGGAAAACGGUCGUACACACAUGGCGUUUAGAGAACAAUGGAGCUAAAAUAUCCAGAGAAGAUUUUGCGCCGCUGCUUCAAAAAUCGAUAGACGAAAUGGAAAAUAAAACAAAAAUAAUUUCAAAUGGAUUUAGAGCUACAGGAUUAUUUCCUUUUGAAGUGGAUAAUAUAAAUUUUUCCAAAUAUUUCAAAAAUGACAUAGAAAUUUCUGAAGCUUGCCAAAGUACUAUUAAAAAACAAUAUAACAAUUGCUACACUAUAAAUACUGUUUUAAAAAGGAUGGAAAUGGAUCUUCCCGAUAAAAUUGAAAUAUUUAAAAAUACUGGAGCCGUUUGGAAGGGUGAUACCAGAGACACGGGAUUAUAUGAAUACUGGAAGUUUUUAAAGGCAGAGAAAAAUAAAUAUAAUGAACAUGACGAAAGUCAGCAAAAUGAGGAAAUCGAUAUGGAAAUAAACCAAGACAUUUUACCAAUUGCAAAUUCUUCACCAUCAAAGAGCAUAGAUAAUAUUAUUACAGAAGUGCUGGAAGAGAAUGCAGAUAUGUCUAAUAUUGAUAGAAUUAUUUUAGACGGAGACAGUUUGGUUAUCCCAUUUGAUAUAAAUCAAGAAUAUGAAAUUUUAGAUACUGAUUCAAUAAAAGAACCCAAUCGUGUUGCUGUUCCACCAAAAGAAGAAAACAGUAUUGUUAUAGAAAUUCUAGAACCAAAUAAUUCUAAUACUAAUAUAUUACAAUUAGAGUCAACACCAUCCCCAAAUGUCCAAAAACAAAACAACGUAUCUGCAUUAAGUUCAAUAGAAAAUACCACAAUUGGAGAGCAACCUAAUAAAAUUUCUACGACAACUCCCGACUCUAUUCCCACUCCCUUUAAAAGGGUACAAAGCUGGAGAGGAAACGAGUUAGAUCCACUUGAGUGGUGGUGGUUUGCCAGUGGCAAUGAGCUUUUUCCUGUGACUUACACCAAACACCUCCAGGGCCCGAACACCUAA